AUGGGCGUUGAUCUGGACUACCUUACCCCACGGGGCCUCUUGGUGAACAAGAAUUUUGUUUGCCAGGGGCCUUCCUUUAGCAGCCUUUUUCUAGCUAUCAACAAGAUGCUUGACGUGCCGCACAGCAAAGAGACGAUGGCCAAGGAGUUCAAUUUCUCUAAUGACGCAUUUGACGUGCUUUUAGAUGUACUUGAAGACUGUCUGAAGUACAUGGCAGAGAUUCAUUCGAAUGCAGAAAAGCUCAAGAUAGCGUAUCGCGAUGUCGGUGAUGUCUGCGAUAGAAUCCUUGUCCUGUCGGCCUCAGCCCCGGAAGAUUACAAUAAACUAUUUGAUGAUCUGGCACGCCUGUACAAAGAUGAAUCGGACAACGAGGCGCUGCGCAAGUCUGUCAAAGAACAAAUUGAUGCACGCUUGGCUGGCAUUAACAACGUGUCUACCAAGGCUACGGCUACAAGAGCAAUCUUGGCCAAUUCCACAGAUGCCGUCACAUUAGCACAGGACCAGCUGAAGCACGUUGGCGCGCAGCUCAACACCGAAGCCAUCUAUCGUCGACUCCUCGAAGCCUUUAUGCCUGACAUGGUAAAAAUCGCCAUGAAUAACUUUGCAAUCAACAUGAUGAGAGCAUGGAUCGGGCAAAUCCAAUUGACUGACGGGACUGCUGCCUCGUUGGUAGAGUUGCAGAAAGCUGUCGGUGCUGUCGCGGAGAUUGACAUGGAUCUUAUUUCGUUGCGCAAGUAUGUGGAGGAAAACACUUCACCCGGGCCAUCUCCUAUUUUGGAUUUACAGAAGGGAAACAUCCUUGAGAAGUGGGAAGACUUGGAUAAGGAAGUGAGAAAGUUCAAAUCAAACUUUAUUGACACUGUAAGGGCUUAA